GUCAAGAAGUGGUGUUCAAGUGCCUUGGAGAAGGAAUUCUUGAAAAGGCCUUUCAGGGAUAUAACGCUUGUAUUUUUGCCUAUGGACAGACAGGUUCAGGAAAAUCCUUUUCAAUGAUGGGCAAUGCAGAGCAGCUGGGUCUGAUCCCACGGCUCUGUUGUGCUUUAUUUCAGAGAAUCUCUGUGGAAGAAAAUGAAUCUCAUACUUUUAAAGUCGAAGUGUCCUAUAUGGAAAUCUACAAUGAGAAAGUCAGAGAUCUGCUUGACCCAAAAGGAAGUCGGCAGUCCCUUAAGGUUCGAGAGCACAAAGUGUUGGGACCAUAUGUUGAUGGCUUGUCUCAGCUGGCUGUUACAAACUUUGAGGAUAUUGAGUCACUGAUGUCGGAGGGAAACAAAUCACGAACAGUUGCUGCAACCAACAUGAAUGAAGAAAGCAGCCGCUCUCAUGCUGUAUUCAAUAUUAUAGUGACUCAGACACUUUAUGACCUGCAGUCUGGUAAUUCUGGAGAGAAGGUCAGCAAGGUCAGCCUGGUGGAUUUGGCUGGGAGUGAGAGAGUGUCCAAAACUGGAGCUGCAGGAGAACGCCUGAAGGAAGGCAGCAACAUAAACAAAUCACUUUCAACGCUGGGCUUGGUUAUAUCAUCACUUGCUGACCAAGCAGCAGGGAAGGGGAAAAACAAGUUUGUGCCUUACAGAGACUCUGUACUCACUUGGCUUCUCAAGGACAACUUGGGAGGAAACAGCCAAACUGCCAUGAUAGCCACAAUUAGUCCAGCAGCAGACAACUAUGAAGAAACACUCUCUACUCUGAGAUAUGCAGACAGAGCCAAAAGGAUAGUUAAUCAUGCUGUGGUGAAUGAAGAUCCAAAUGCUAGAGUCAUCAGAGAAUUACGUGAAGAAGUUGAAAAACUGAAAGAACAGCUCUCACAAGCUGAGGCCAUGAAGGCACCAGAACUGAAGGAAAAAUUGGAAGAAUCUGAAAAACUAAUAAAAGAACUAACAGUCACCUGGGAAGAAAAGCUGAGGAAAACAGAAGAAAUUGCACAGGAGAGGCAAAGACAGCUGGAAAGCAUGGGAAUUUCCCUGGAGUCUUCAGGUAUCAAGGUUGGGGAUGACAAAUGUUAUCUGGUGAACCUGAAUGCUGACCCUGCACUCAAUGAGCUUUUGGUUUACUAUUUAGGGAUGACAAGUGAUCACACAAGAGUUGGUGCAGAUACCUCUCAAGAUAUACAGCUCUUUGGUAUAGGAAUCCAACCAGAACACUGUGAGAUUGAUAUUGCUUUGGAUGGAGAAGUUACACUCACACCAAAAGAAAAUGCAAGAUCCUGUGUAAAUGGUACACUGGUAUGUUCUGUCACUCAGUUAUGGCAUGGAGAUAGAAUAUUAUGGGGAAACAACCACUUCUUUAGAAUCAAUUUACCAAAGAGGAAACGUCGAGAUUGGCUGAAAGACCUUGAGAAAGAAACUUCGUUAGGGGAGCAUGAUCUGGAUGCAGCUAGUGAAGCUUCUUCAGAACCAGACUACAACUACGAGUUUGCACAAAUGGAAGUUAUUAUGAAAACACUGAAUAGUAAUGACCCAGUACAAAAUGUGGUCCAGAUCUUGGAGAAGCAGUACCUGGAAGAGAAGCGCAGUGCUCUUGAGGAGCAGCGGCUGAUGUACGAACGUGAGUUAGAGCUGCUGAGGCAGCAGCUCUCUCCAGAACGACAGCACCAGCAUGGCAGUGACAGACUCUCCUACACUGCUCAGACUGCACAGCAGAAGGUGAAUCUCUGGACAGAAGAGAGGGAUGAAUUGUUUCGACAGAGCCUGGCUAAACUUCGAGAGCAGAUAGUAAAGGCAAAUACUUUGGUGAGAGAAGCAAACUUCUUAGCAGAAGAAAUGAGUAAGCUAACAGAUUAUCAAGUAACACUUCAGAUCCCUGCUGAAAACCUCAGUGCCAACAAAAAGAGGGGUGCAAUAGUAAGUGAGCCUGCUAUUCAAGUGAGAAGAAAAGGAAAAGGUACUCAAGUGUGGACUAUUGAGAAACUAGAGAACAAAUUGAUUGACAUGAGAGACCUCUAUCAAGAGUGGAAGGAGAAAAUUCCUGAGAUAAGGAAGCUGAUUGGCAAGAGAGGUGAUCCUUUUUAUGAAGCACAGGAGAACCACAACUUGAUCGGCGUUGCCAAUGUGUUUCUGGAGUGCCUUUUCUACGAUGUGAAGCUGCAGUAUGCUGUGCCCAUCAUCAGCCAGCAGGGAGAGGUUGCAGGACGAUUGCAUGUUGAAGUAAUGCGAGUCACUGGGUCUGUCCCAGAACGUGUAGUAGAAGGAGAUGACUCGUCUGAGAACUCCAGUGAGAGUGGGAGUCUGGAAGUCAUGGAUAACAAUGGAGAAAUUAUUCAUAGAACAAAAAAGCUCUCCUGCAGGGUAAAAAUAAAAGAAGCAACCGGACUGCCACCUAAUCUCUCCAACUUUGUCUUUUGUCAAUAUACAUUUUGGGAUCAAUGCGAAUCAACAGUAGCAGCACCAGUGGUAGACCCAGAUGUGCCUUCACCUCAGAGCAAAGAUGCUCAUUUUACAGUGACCUUCUCUCACUGUAAGGACUAUGUGGUGAAUGUCACGGAGGAGUUUUUGGAGUUCAUUUCAGAAGGAGCUCUUGCUAUUGAGGUGUGGGGUCACAGAUGUACUGGCAAUGGCAACUCUAUUUGGGAAGUUGAUUCUCUUCAUGCUAAAACUAGGACACUGAGAGACAGAUGGAAUGAAGUGACUCGAAGAAUAGAAAUGUGGAUUUCCAUACAAGAAUUGAAUGAGAUGGGAGAAUAUACUGCAGUUGAACUCCAUCAGGCAAAAGAUGUAAACACAGGGGGAAUUUUCCAGCUUAGGCAGGGUCAUUCUCGCAGGGUUCAGGUGACGGUGAAACCUGUACAGCAUUCGGGAACGUUGCCUCUCAUGGUAGAAGCAAUUCUUUCAGUCUCUAUAGGUGGUGUGACUGCCAGAUCAACCAAACUGCAAAGGGGCUUGGACAGCUAUCAGAAGGAGGAGGAUGAUGGUGGUGAUAUGGAUAGUUACCAGGAAGAAGAUUUAAACUGUGUACGAGAAAGGUGGUCUGAUGCAUUAAUAAAACGCAGAGAAUACCUAGAUGAGCAGAUCCAGAAAAUCAGCAACAAACAAGAAAAAUCCGAGGAUGAUAUAGAACGAGAAGCACGGCUGGUCGAGCAGUGGGUAGGGCUGACAGAAGAGAGGAAUGCAGUGUUUGUUCCAGCACCAGGCAGUGGAAUUCCCGGUGCCCCCGCAAAUUGGAUCCCACCUGCAGGAAUGGAAACACAUAUACCUGUCCUCUUCCUUGAUUUGAAUGCUGAUGACCUCAGUGCCAAUGAACAACUUAUAGGUCCCCAUGCAUCAGGAGUUAACUCAAUACUACCAAAGGAGCAUGGGAGUCCAUUCUUUUAUCUGCCGAUCAUAAAACACAGUGAUGAUGAGGUUUCAGCCACUGCUGCUUGGGACUCUUCUGUCCAUGAUUCAGUGCACCUCAAUAGGGUAACUCCUCAAAAUGAGAGAAUUUACUUAAUAGUGAAGACUACUGUGCAGCUCAGUCAUCCUGCUGCAAUGGAACUGGUGUUACGCAAAAGGAUUGCAGCCAAUAUUUAUAACAAGCAGAGUUUUACCCAGAGCCUGAAAAGGAGAAUAUCCUUGAAAAACAUAUUUUAUGCCUGUGGAGUGACUUAUGAAAUAGUAUCCAAUAUACCAAAGGCUACAGAAGAAAUCGAGGAUCGUGAGACCUUAGCACUGAUGGCUGCAAGAAGUGAGAAUGAGGGAACCUCCGAUGGUGAAACGUACAUUGAAAAAUACACACGUGGUGUGCUGCAGGUGGAGAAUAUUUUGAGCCUUGAACGACUGAGACAGGCAGUCACAGUCAAAGAGGCUCUCUCCACCAAAGCGAGAAACAUCCGCAGAAGCAUCAGCACUCCAAAUGUCCACAACGUAUCCUGUAGCCGACUGGAUCUUUCUGCCUGCGAUGAAGAUGAUAAGGGUUGGUCUGAAAGUCACCUAGACAUAUCUGACUGUUGUUCCAGUUACCAAGAUGUAUCAUGCUAUGGUACUUUACCCAGGGAGUCACCUCGCAAGAGCAAAGAUGGCACUGGUGUUGUAGCAGAGAAUUCCCAUGCUUUAAUGACCAGCCCUUUUAAAGCAUUUUCUCCUCAGCCACCAAAGUUUUUCAAGCCCUUAAUGCCAGUGAAAGAGGAACAUAAAAGGAAGACCCCGCUUGAAAGCCGACCUCUGCUCAGUCAAGAGAGCAUGCCUCCAUCUCAGGUGCACUGUGCUGGCUGUGUUGUGCCUGCAGGAAGCAGUGCCAGCAGCAUGUCUGUAGACAGCAAUAGCGUACGGGAGGAAAAGAUUGACUCUGAGGAGGAAGACAGUGAGUUGGAGGCAAUUAAUAAGAAACUGAUAAGUCCACAAAGUUUUCAAAAUUUCCGGCCUUACGUACCGGAGGAGUUUGCUGACUUCAGUAUUUACAAUGCUAGCCUGGAGAACAGGGAAUGGUUUUCUUCUAAAUCAGACUUCAUGAGUUCACGUGUUCUUGAGAAAGAGGUAUCCCGCAGCCCCACCACUAGCAGUAUUACUAGUGGCUACUUUUCCCACAGUGCCUCUAACGCUACCCUGUCUGACAUGCUUGUUCCCUGUAGUGAUAGCACAGACCAGCUAGCCAAUCAUACGAAGGAGCUGGACUCUAAUGAUCCCUCAGGAUCAUCCCUUGCACAUGAUUUAAGAUCUUCUUUGAACAAAGAAUGUCGAGAGUCAGAAAAGGAGUUAGCGAGAGAAAAGUUACCUGUGUUAUCACUGAAAGAAAGCAGUGCCUUAACAGAGCAAGUACCACUGUCCCUCAGUGCCACUGAGAGAGACUCUCAGCAGUUACCCAGAGCUGUAUCACUUUCAGCUCUGAGUUCCUUGGAUGGCAAAAACACCUGUAGUACAAUUGAAUUUUCAGCACACGAAGUAACAGUUGAGCACACGACAGACAUUCUGGAAGAUCACUCCUUUACAGAGUUCAUGGGCGUCGAAGAUGGGAAGGACUUUGACCAUUCAGCAGCUCCUCAGUCCUGUUCCCUUCUGUCCUCUGAUGGAGUGAGCACCCUGGAGGCACCCCGAGGCCCUGACAAGCAGCAGAGCACGUGCGUGGGCCAGCCAAGCCCAGCAGCAGCAGCAGCUGGCGACCGACACGCAGACACUGUGGAAAGCCCUUUUUGUUCUGUACUGGUAAAAGAGACUUCAGACCGUGAGACUUAUCCUGAUGCUUCCGUAGACGAUUUUAUUACGAAGGACCACUUGGAUGGUUCUGAUUGUGAAGAAGGUGCUUCUGCAGAUCAAGCCCACAUCUUACCUAGCUGGGUGGCCCUGGGUGAACAAGUCUGUGUUGGAAGUAAUAAGAUGGGCACAGUGAGAUACAUUGGAACGGUGGAUUUUUCAGCUGGAAUCUGGGUUGGAGUUGAACUCAACUUUCAGCUGGGGAAGCACGAUGGGAUUGUAAAGGGCAGAGAGUACUUCCACUGCAAACCACGACACGGUGUGUUUGUUCGUCCUGGGCGCCUCAGCAAAGCACCAGCGUCCACGAGGAAAUGGAGCAGCACUUCACGGCCUCAGGCAUCUUCCGCUUCAGAGAAACGGAAAAGUUCUGUGCUUCAAGGCUCAUCAUCCACUUCUAAAACUGGAGGAGACGUCCUCUGCCACUCGGGAGAUGCAGCAGCUUCUGCUUUUUCUAGGAAACAGGAAAACAGGAAAUCUUGGAUUAACUAA